GCGGCGGCGGUGGCCCACGGCCCAGGUGGCCCUAGGACCCCCCGCACCAUGGAAGACCAGCUCUGGUAUGACAACCUGGGGUGCUGCCAUCAAUACCAAGAAAGUACCCAGAAUGUGGAGGACUUCCUACUCCUGCUGCUGGGCCUUGUCAUCCUUGUCAACAUUGGCGUCAACACGGCAACUAUGAUAUGGCAUGGGCUCCAGAAUGCCUUAGACAAGAUCAUCUGUUGGAUUAAUCAGAAAAACGAGAUCUCGCAGGCUCCUGAAAGUUCCUCCAAAUAUCCUCCAGCCGAGGCCCGAGACGUCCACAUCCACUGCAGCCUGGACCCUGUGGAAGUGAAAAUGGCCCGGCCCACUUGCUCCUCCUCGUCCUCCUACCAUCAUCUCCACGACCGUAGCCACAGCCGCAGCAGCCACCAGCAGAGGCCGGAGAACUGCAGACAAUUCCCCUACAGCCUCUCAGGCUCCCGUAGGCCGCAUCGCAGCCACAGGAUGUCACAGCUGCGGCCGAUGCCCUCCUUUGAUCGGGAGGACCCGGACUCCUACCUGGAGGAGGAGGAUGACCUUUCCUUCCCACAGCCCAAGUACCGGCGGGGGUGCUGGGGAGGGCUCAACCAGCGGAUGGGCCUGCCCUCCAACGUGGGCCUCUGGGGCCGCCAGGGUGGGAUCCUGGCCAGCCUGCCACCACCCUGUGUCUACCUGCCACCCGAGCUGCACCGCGUGCCCAAGCGUGUGGAGGCCAAGUCCGAGCUAAGGCUGCGGUGUUUCGGGGCCCCCCGCUCAGCAUCCCGCAUCCGGGGCAAUGUGGGGGCUGACCAGUGGACCUCGUCUCCACCACCUCCCCGACGGCUGCCCCCUAACCCCUCGUGGGUCCCUGGGGGGCAAAGCACUUACCCCUCAAGGGGCCAGCUCCCGUAUGACUCCUGGGAUCGGCGGCGGCGUGGUGUGGAGGUCUCUGAGCCUCCAUCCGCUCUGGUGCCUCGGGGCUGCCUGCCCGAAGCCCGGCAGUGCAGCUCCCCGCCGGCCCCCGGACGGAGCCUCCACCCCCCCACGGGACACUUGAACUACUCCCGGGAUCCCCACAAGGAACGGCGCCGGGAGGCCGAAUGGGCCGAGAUGCUGCCGACCACCUCCGCCUCCCUCACAGUGCUGGCCGAGGCCUCGUACCAGCGGGCCCCGGCUCCCAGCUCAGCGCUGCUCCUCCGCUCGCCCCAGCCCCUGCCCGACAUCCAGGCUACCGAGCACCCUCCACCCCCACCCACCUUCAUGCCACUCAGCCGGAACCCGGGGGGCAAUGCCAACUACCAGGUGUAUGACAGCCUGGAGCUGAAGCGGCAAGUGCAGGAGAGCCGAGCGCGGGCCAGCUCGCUGCUACCUUUCACCUCGGCCUCGAGGCCCUCUCUGCACGGGAGCCAGACUGGGAAAAUGAACUGACCAGCAGCAAGUGGGGGCGGGGGUGGGGGGUGGCAGGGCAUGGAGAGCGGAAUAAAGAGCGCCAGGGUCCAGGAAACAUUGGUGGUCUUUGGCUUGGAAGCGCCACUCUUUCGGCCAGCCUGGGUCCCUGCCCUUGGCUUCCUGCACUAAGAAGCCAGGGUCCCCUUCUCGGCCUGAGGGUCCCCUUGGUUUAGCGGCCACGGUCCUGCCAGCAGGCCCCUCCUGCUCCUAUCCCAUGCACUAAGUAGACCUGCAGCUGCAGACUCCAAACCACUGGUCUCUGGGCACCUCCUCUGUGUCUCAGCUGUCCCUGUCCCCAGAGAGCCUCAUACAAGAAGCUGCUUCCGAACUGGGAGGGUCCACAUCUGGGCAGGUCCAGCUCCGCGCCCAGUGAAGGGCAUGAAGAAGGCUGAGGCUCUG